CAGUAUUGUUUACCCGAAAUGUCUCUAAAGCUCUUUGAUUUAACAGGAAAGGCCAAUUUCUGCAAGCUGGAUCUAGCUGCUGCCUCAGCUUUGUGAUUAUUUUAGGAGCAGCUGUAUAUUAAAGUGAUACAUCUAAGAGAACGUAAUAAGGCUGUGCUGCUCGUUAGCUGUUAGCAGCCGUGCUCGUGCCUCUCGGUGUGACAGCGUCACGGCUCGCCGGCAGCAGGCUGCAGUCAGCCCGGAUGGAUGCAGCUCAGUCCCGCACCGCUGACCGUCGCACCGCUCGGCCCGGUGGAUAAAAACGGAGUAUAUUCUCCACCGAGAUAAACUGCCAAAUUGCAUUUUGCCGCCGAGAAGUAGCGCAAAUUGGAAAGACAACCCCGGCUCAUUUCGCUGUUCUUUAUGGCGUCUGGCUCCGGAGAUGAAGAGGGAACCACGGAGGGCGUCUCAUGGAGACUCAUAGGCCCGGUAGCGGGGCUCUCCACGAAGCGCUGCCGCCUCAUGUACUCCUCGCUCGGCCGCGACUCUGACGUCUGCCUCUUCUACGUGAAGGAGGAGUUCUUCGCCAUGGACGCUCGCUGUUCACAUUCCGGCGGUCCUCUGUGUGAGGGGGACAUCGAGGAGGCCGACGGAGUCCUGCAGGUCUUCUGUCCCUGGCACGACUACGACUUUGACCUCAGGACGGGGAAGUCAGGGACGUCCUUACAGCAACAAGUGUAUGAAGUCAAGCUGGAGGAUGGCAACGUGUACGUGAAGCACGCCAGUCGUCUCUCCCUGGAGCCUUUUCCUGCGGAGCCGAAGAGUUGAACAACCUCGGCGUCUAUUUUUAAGACUUGUUCCACAAACCCAAGCAAUCCGAAACAUUCCUCGGCCUUAUCUGUCUUUUUCACAGACCGCUUCUACUUUGAUUUCUGUAAGCUCAGGAUGACGUCGAAGAGGAUUGUCUCGAAGAGGACGUGACAUCAUGAAAUUUAGUUUUUCCUGCUUCCAUUCCAGGUAGAUUCUUCAUCACAGACGCUGAACAUGGAGAGCACCAGACGGUAGCAAAUAUGCAAAUAUGCAACAUGAAAACACUAAAUGUUACUUUUCUCACUAGAUGUUGAGAGAACUCACCAGCAUAUAGUAUUUUAUUAUUGGAAGGAUAAAACAAUUUGCCACUUGAUCAUUCUAGAUUUUUAAGGAUUCCUAAAGAUAUUAUUUCUGAUGAAAAUAUAACCGAGUCUAUUUAUUGCCUGUGUUGUUGCGCUUGUAUUGCAGAUCGUUUCUGUUUUUGGAGUACAGAAAAUACUCCCAAAUCUUCAAUUUAAAGCUACUGCAAGGAACUUUUAUUUUGUGUUGAUUUUGGCGGUCCUUGUGGACAAAAGCGGUAGGGUUCCCGAGAGCCAGAUUCCCUUAAGAAAACCUAAUUUUACUGCAAUAGGGUCUGACAGUCGGCUUCCGACUGCAGGUCGAAGGCGCCAGUGAAGCCGGAUCUGUCGGCGGUGGGCCGGUCGCUGCUGGAGGCACGGCUUGAGUCUGAGCUGAAGGAGCUUUUGGGUGAACCUGUCGGACCAGAUAACGGGUAUUAUAUCUAUAAAGAAAUAGCCGAUCUUCUCGCUGAAGGUCUUGUUUACUUACGUAGGUCAUAUAGUGGCAUCAGUAUUAAAUAUUAAGACAUUUAAAAGUUUCUCACUGUAACUUUUAAUACAAAAUCAAACCAUAAUUGCAAUGAGGGGAUGAAUUCACAAUGCAGUCAGACAUGAAGCCUUUGUGUCAUUAGAGGUGAUAUUAGAAGUCAUUACAAUACAUGCAAAAAGCAGAGAUAAUCUAGUGAUUUGUAACUGCAGUUCAAUUGGACAACAUGCCAAAAAUCAAUAGUACAGAUGAGUGAAAAACAAUCUUUUUACAAAACAAGUAGAUUUGAAUAAUCAGUUAUGUUUGUAAUGUUGAGCUCCUAACAGACUGCCAGUGCAGUUCAACAAGUAUUACAUCCAUGAGUAUAAAGUUUCCACUCAUUUCAGUGGAAGAAUCGGUACAAUCAUGUAACAGCGGAGACGUAAUUACAGUUUCUUUCUGCAGCUAAUGUCCAACUAUACUAAACAGUCUCAUUACCAUCAAUAACCCUCCUCCAUGUUUUCAACUCACUCGCUGAGUUGUGGCCUUUGGAUACAUUUAGACACUUAUUCCAGUGAUGUCGCGCAACAGAAACAGAAUUUGUAUUUCUGAACAGGUUUAAAAAAAAGAAUAAAUAAAACAAAAACGAAUAAAGUUCCAGCAAGUAGAACACACAUGAAGGGCACUGCAAUUAGGAUUGGUGGCGGUCCCGGAGUCAAGACGUCUCCAUCAGCGUUUCCCUCCGUUCGUGGUCUGUGCACUGACAGGUUUGUCUGUUACUGACGCAAUGGGACUCAAAAGAAAUGGUUAGUAAGGCGCCGGAGGAAGGUUCACGACCUGAAAUGCACCAUUGACUCAAGAAAAGUGUGUUUUUCUAGCUUUGUGUGUGUGUGUGUGUGUUUCUCUUUAUGUCUCAGCGGUGAGGGCACUCACUCACUAUAUUUUCUGGCAGAGGCACAGCACCCAGUCACGAAGGUGUCAGUAACGGUGUGACAUAACGCUCUCAUUUUCCUCCCUGCUGUGAUUCCUGCUGUGCAACUUUAUUACAAUAAUAAUUCCACUGGCUAAAAAUAUCUGUUGUGUGCAGCAUAACUCAUCACCUGCAGGGUAAUGGGCGUACACAACGGGGAUGCAGCUAUUUUGUGUCGGUAGAAAAGUGAAAGUAGAUUGUUCAGGAUGCUGCACAGGUCGGGAAGCUGCUUCUUACAUUCUUACCUCUUGAGAUCUUGAGUCUCGCUGAGAAACAGACAGCGUUCAGUUUAGCCUUUCACUACAUUUCCUCAAAAAGAUUUAAUGCAUUUUGCUUCUUGUUUAUGUGAAUUAUGUAUCUGGUCUUUAUGUUAAUUUUAACAACCUGAUCACUUGUACUGUAAACUGCUGUUUGCUGUUAACUAUAUUUAUUGUUGUGACUCAUGCAAAGCUGAAUAUUUAUCUGUAUUGUUUAAUUCACAAAAUUAUAUCUUGUAUUUCAAAGAAAAAAAACAUUUUCAUCAGAAAUGUGAAAUUGUUUAUUUUUUUGUGUCCUUAAUAUAUAAAACACAACUCAGAAAAUAUGAAUCAGAAGUUUACACAAAAUCAUUUAUUUACAGUUUCUUGUUCGUACAAUAAUAGUAGAUUUAAUACAAUACACAAUUUACACAUAAAAACUCGGAGAGAAACAAGAUCGGCAACACCAUGCAAUAGUUGAGAGUAUUAUCAGGAGAACAUUUAUGUAAUUCUUUAACUGGAAGUUAGGAAGUCUUCCUAGAGAACAGUGGACAAAAUCAAACUCCAGAA